CCUUCAGGUUCCCUGUCUGUGCAGCGGUGCCUCCUGUCUGCUGUGCCGAUGCUGCCCCAACAGCAAGAAUUCAACAGUCACGCGUCUGAUCUAUGCCUCCCUCCUCCUCCUCAGCACCAUUCUCGCCUGCAUUAUGCUGGCACCGGGGAUGGAGGAGCAGCUGAAAAAGAUACCCGGGUUUUGUGAGGAGGGGCUUCACACCCUGCUCCCCCACGUGGAUGGCUUCGUCAGCUGCGACGUCUUCGUCGGCUACCGCGCCGUGUAUCGCGUCAGCUUUGCCAUGGCUCUGUUCUUCUUCCUCUGCUCCCUGCUCAUGAUCGCGGUGAAGACGAGCAGCGACCCCAGGGCCGCGGUGCACAACGGGUUUUGGUUCUUCAAAAUAGCUGCCAUCGUGGCUCUCAUGGUCGGAGCGUUUUACAUUCCUGAAGGGCCUUUCACAAGAGCCUGGUUUGUUAUUGGUGUUUUUGGAGCCUUCUUCUUCAUUCUUAUCCAGCUGGUGCUUCUUGUGGACUUUGCUCACUCCUGGAACGAGAGCUGGGUUGAGAAGAUGGAGGAGGGAAAUUCUAAGUGUUGGUAUGCAGCUCUGCUGUCCUGUACCAGCUUGUUCUACACCUUGUCACUGGUUUUUGUUGUGCUCUUCUACAUUUUCUACACAAAGCCUGAUGACUGCACUGAGAACAAGUUCUUCAUAAGCAUUAAUAUCAUCCUGUGCAUUGCUGUCUCCAUUGUUUCUAUCCUUCCAAAAGUUCAGGAACAUCAGACUCGCUCUGGCCUCCUGCAGUCCUCAGUUAUCACUCUCUACACCAUGUACCUCACUUGGUCAGCCAUGUCCAACGAGCCUGAACGAAACUGUAACCCGAGUUUGCUGAACAUCAUCACCCAGAUAGCUACACCCACAGCUGGCCCAGCAAAUACCACCUUGGUGCCUGCUACUCAAGCGCCGCCCAAGUCCCUGCAGUGGUGGGAUGCCCAGAGCGUUGUUGGAUUGGUUAUCUUUGUCCUUUGCCUCCUGUAUUCCAGGGGCGCGGCCGAGGACGGGGACGUGCGCCGCGUCGCCGACAACGAGAGGGACGGCGUGCAGUACAGCUACACCUUCUUCCACUUCAUGCUCUGCCUCGCCGCCCUCUACAUCAUGAUGACGCUCACCAACUGGUACAGCCCUGAUGCUGAUUUUAAAACAAUGACAAGUAAGUGGCCGGCCGUGUGGGUGAAGAUGAGCUCCAGCUGGGUUUGUCUCCUCCUCUACCUGUGGACCUUAGUGGCUCCUGUCGUCCUUACUAACAGGGACUUCAGUUAAACUGCUGCACCUCUCUGAGCUUCC